CUUACAACUCAACUGUGUCCUGCUUUCAUCCACAGUGAAAACACACAGCUUGUGAUCAACACUGAUGGAGACAACAGGAGUCUGUGAGAUUGAUGUGGCGAACAGAAGAAUUGUGGGAGGCAGUGAUUCUCCACCUGACCUGGACAGCCCAUCUCAGGAGGAGGUUACAGAGUUUGGUUUGGAGUUGUGCUGCACUGAGGAGGAGGAGAGAGGAGAAACUCCAGGCAGAGAGGACAGUCCCAGUGACCUAGGCGAGGCAGAGCUUGAUCCUGGAGGAGACAUGAAGACCACAGGGGACACAACCUUUGGGAAGGAAGUUGUUCUUUUAAUGCAAGCCCUCAACACCCUAGCCACUCCUGAGGAGAAACUAGCAGCUCUGUGCAAGAAAUAUGCAGACCUGCUGGAGGAGAGCCGCUGCAUGCAGAAACAACUGAAAGCGCUGCAAAAGAAGCAGUCUCAAAUAGUAAAGGAGAAGAUCCACCUGCAGGGGGAGCACAGCAAGGCCAUCCUGGCUCGCAGCAAGCUGGAGAGUCUCUGUAGGGAGCUACAGAGACACAACAAAACACUAAAGGAGGAGAAUGCCCAACGUUCCAGGGAGUACGAAGAGCAGCGAAAGGAGGCCAUGCUGCAUUUCCAGAUGACCUUGGGUGAUAUUGAGGUUCAGAUGGAACAGCACAGUUCCCACAACACCAAGCUGAGGCAGGAGAACAUGGAGCUGGCCGAGAAGCUCAAAAAGCUCAUUGAGCAGUAUGAGCUUCGAGAGGAGCACAUAGACAAGGUGUUCAAGCACAAGGAGCUGCAGCAGCAGCUGAUGGAUGCCAAGCUGCAGAGAAUCACUGAGAUGAUGAAGGAAGUGGAGGAGAAGCAGCAGAGAGAGAGAGACUUUCUGCUGAAAGAUGCCACAGAGUCCAGACGCAAGUGUGAGCUGAUGAGGGAGCAAGAAACACAGCUUAAACAGCAGCUCUCCCUGUAUAUGGACAAGUUUGAGGAGUUUCAGAGCACUUUGGCUAAAAGCAAUGAAGUCUUCACCACUUUUAGACAAGAGAUGGAGAAGAUGACAAAGAAGAUCAAGAAGCUGGAAAAGGAAACAACACAGUGGAGGACCAAAUGGGAGAGCAAUAACCAGGUCCUGCUGCAGAUGGCAGAGGAGAAAACUCUGCGUGAUGGCCACUUCAAGGCACUGCAGGGGAAACUGGAGCUGCUGGAGAGGCUGUGCAGAGCUCUGCAGAAGGAGAGGAACGACCUGAACAACCGGCUCAGCCUCUUCCAGGAGCAGGGAGACAAAGGGAGCGCAGCAACUCCUGAGACACAGCCACAGGAGCCUUCAGCUGGGGAGGAGGAAGAGGAGGUGGAGGACGCAGAUUCGGAGGAUUCGGCACAGGAUGAUGGGCUGGAGACACAGGGGGUCCACCAAGCUUCCAGACCAUCUGAAAUGGACCUCACUGACAAAACCACUACUGCUGUGCCGACAAGCACCCAGCCUGCAGACAGGCCAACCAUAUAGCAGGACUGAAUGAGUCUACGUAGCCUAUGUGGAGGUGAGAAGGGAAGAGUAGAAAAGCUCCACAUGGCUCCAGCCUAAUUCCACAACUAGCCAGAAAAAACAUCUUUGAAUGACAUUUAAUUUCUUUUAAUUGUAGACUUGCCUCUCCAGAUUUCUACAAGGAAAAUUAACCCAUAUCUUUUGUGCGAUAGAUUCAGAACAAUAAAAUGAUAGUAUCAAGGAUUCCGUUCUAAAACUUUGCCCACAUUUAUACUGGUUGUAAUAAUUGGCUUUGUGGCGAGCACUUCGUACUCCCUGUUUUCUAUCAUAACUGUAUUUUCAUAGGAGACUUCCAUGCAGUCAGUUUGAAGCUGCACAAAGUAUAACUGGCCUUUUAUUUCUCUAUUCACAUGGUAUCUUCCUGCAGUGUCAUGUCUUGUGUUUGGGAAUUCUAGUUUGAUUAAAUUCAAAAUGGGUACUUCA